AUGCCCAGACCGGACCUCCAUGCACUAGGCGUCCAAUAUCGCCGUGUCCCGGUUAUGUGCGUCGGUAAAGACAUAUACUGCGACUCACGACUGAUCCUACGGAAACUGGAGGAGCUGUAUCCAGAGGGUGAGAGGCUCGGUGCGGCUGAUCCGGACGGACAGGCUAUCGAACGGAUGCUGGAGAACUGGACCAUUGACGGAGGUGUUUUCGCCCGCGCCUGCCAGUUAGUCCCACCGGCCGUGAUACUGGCUGCCCAUCCCAACUUCAUUCGGGAUCGGGAGGACGCUAGUGGCCUGAGCUUCAGGAAGGCGGAUCUUGAAAAGAAUCGUCCGGAUGGGAUGGCUCAUAUCAAGCAGGCUUUUGAAUUUCUCGAGACGACGCUACUGGCCGAUGGGAGAGAGUGGUUGCGUAAGACAGAGAAACCUUCGCUGGCUGAUAUUCAUGCUGUUUGGGCUCUCGACUGGGUUGAUGGGCUAGAUGGUGCACUUGACCGCGAUAUUUUCACAGAAGCCCGCUUUCCCAAGGUUUUCGCUUGGAUGGCUCGAUUCAGGAAGACAGCGGCGGAAGCUGCAUCUGCACUAACCAACAAGCCGCAAACCCUUUCGGGUGAACAGGUGUUGGAAUCUGUGAUCGCUGCAGAUUUUGUGGAACCGGAAGCGAUUGUUGAUAAAUAUGAUGCGCUGAAGUUCCAAAAGGGGCAAGAUGUUGUGGUGUGGCCCACUGAUAAUUGCUAUAACUAUAAAGAUAGCGGUGAAUUAGUGGCGCUCACGACUCAGGAGGUAGUCCUGCAGCGGAAGACCUUGGACGGCCGGACCGAGGUUCGAAUUCAUUUUCCACGAACCAACUUUCGAAUUGUUUUGAAACAAGACUAUGAGAAGAUGGAAGCAGAAGAAGUGAAAAAAACGGCAAGGGAAAAUGAACACGAAGAAGAAAAGGUAGUUCGGUUUGGAAGUAUUCUCAAACGGAAAAUAUGGAGAACUUCCAAACCUCUGUCCGGGAAGGGCACAGCAUGA